CGUCGUCCCCGAAUUCGAUAGGCCGUCUUCAUCUGUGAUCGGUGAUGGAGCGGGAUUGCGUGUCUUCCGAAGGAUCUGGUUGAUAAAGAAUCUGAUAAAUGCAAAACAGGAUCGAUUCAAUCAACGAUCGUUCAAAUCGCAGAACCUUCUCUCGUUUUCACCCAUCAGCACUCACACAUUCGCACUCACCACUCCAAACAAAACUGACAUUUUUCCUGCAUUACGUUUUCUCUUUGCAACCGGCGAUCACGGAACCUAG